AUGAGUGUGUCCGGUUUAACUGUAACUCCGUCUAGAUUUCACUUCCGCUGUCGUUCAGACCGGUUUGGUUCAUCUCAGAGAAGCUCCAAAUCUUUUACUUUUCUUCCCAAACUCAUUCGUCAAGAUGCAGCUUGUUACCCUCUUCUUCAAAGAGCUUGUUUGGCACUUCCUACACAAAGAAGCAAUGCUAUGAUUGUCCGUGCCAUGAGCAGUGCUUCCUUUGGUGAUAUGUCAGAGGAUUCAACUGGUUCAGCUGUUUUCCCUCGGAUCAAUGUCAGAGACCCAUACAAACGCCUUGGGAUAAGCAAGAUGGCCUCCGAGGAUGAGAUUCAAGGCGCCAGGAACUUUCUCAUUCAGCAGUACGCAGGUCACAAACCCAGUGUCGACGCUAUCGAAUCAGCUCACGACAAGAUCAUCAUGCAGAAGUUCCAUGAGAGGAAGAACCCAAAGAUUGACUUAACGAAGAAGGUCCGCGAAGUGAGGCAGUCCAAAGCGGUGAACUUUGUUUUCGAGAGGUUCCAAACUCCUCCCACUGCUUUCCUUGUCAAAACAGCAGUGGCAUUCGCGGUUCUUGGAGCUCUGACGGUUGUGUUCCCGACAGAGGAAGGACCGACUUUUCAGGUUUUGUUGUCUGUGGUAGCUACGUUUUACUUCAUACACCAAAGGCUGAAGAAGAAGCUUUGGUCUUUCCUUUACGGGACUGGAUCUUUCAUCUUCUCGUGGCUGAUUGGGACCUUCUUGAUGGUAUCUGUGAUCCCGCCAUUCAUCAAAGGACCAAGAGGUUUCGAAGUCAUGUCUUCUCUCUUAAGCUAUGUUUUGCUCUGGGUGGCUUCGAGCUACCUUAGGUAGCUUUCCAGCUCUCUUCUUUCCCCCACUCCCUUUUUUGGGUUGCAUAUUUUCACAAGUUUUAUUUUGGACAUGAAAAAACAUUUUGUAGAGAAAUGGCAUCAUCUUUAUGUGGAAUGGAUAUUUUGUUUGUUCAGCAGAAAUC